GUUCUUGAUUUCUCUUUCACACACCCUUUUGUCAACAAGGUUUUUGAUCUUUUGCCCCCUUGAGGUCUCACUGUCUCUCAAAUCUCUUUCAUUGAAAACUGAGUUUCUUGAAGAAUGGCCUGAAACCAGAAAGUGUACUGUGUUUUGCAUGGCUGCUAGUCAGAGAGUUGGGGAGACUGGUGUUUCAGGAACUUCUUCACAGCACCACCACAACAUGCCUUAUGAGCUUCUUAGAGGCCUCAACAAUCCCACCACCACCCCAAGCUUCAUGUACCAUUCCACAUCCAACAGUAAAGAAGGGCCUGCAGCUUUUGAUUUUGGGGAGCUGGAGGAAGCUAUUGUGCUGCAAGGAGUUAACAAUGAUGAAGCUAAAGCAUCUUUAUAUGCAGCAGCUACUCUGGAGAUGUUCCCUUCUUGGCCUACUAGAUCACCCCUUCACACCCCAAGGGGAAGUUCAAGAUCAGGAGGAGAAGAGAGUGGUGAUUCAGGGAGAGCUGAGGGCCCAGAUUCCCCCAUCAGCACAAGACCAUCAUCUCACCUUUCAUUGCCCUCAACCCAAAACCACCAACCACAGAUAAUGGCAACAACAACAUCUGCAGCCUCAAAACAACCCACCACCCAUGACAAGAGAAGAGGUGCUGGUUCAACCUCAGAUAGAGUUCUUGAUGCUAAGACAUUGAGACGUUUAGCUCAAAAUAGAGAAGCAGCAAGAAAGAGCAGACUGAGAAAAAAGGCUUAUGUACAACAACUGGAAACCAGUAGGAUCAGGCUUUCUCAGCUAGAACAAGAACUUCAUAGUGCUAGAUCUCAGGGGGUUUUCUUGGGAGGAGGUGGUGCAGUUGGUGCAGGUACUAGCUCUGGUGGUGCAAUUUUUGACAUGGAGUAUGCGAGGUGGCUAGAUGAUGAUCACCGGCACAUAUCGGAGCUGCGAACGGCAUUGCAGGCGCAUUUAUCGGACGGUGAGCUCAGGGUGGUCGUCGACGGAUACAUCGGCCAUUACGACGAGAUUUUCCGGCUGAAAGGAGAGGCGGCGAAGUCGGACGUUUUUCAUCUCAUCACCGGAAUGUGGACAACUCCGGCGGAGCGUUGCUUCCUUUGGAUGGGCGGGUUCAGGCCGUCGGAGCUCAUCAAGAUGUUGACCGGAAAACUGGACCCUUUAACGGAGCAGCAAGUGGUGGGGAUCUAUGGGCUUCAGCACUCGUCGCAGCAGGCGGAGGAGGCUCUUACCCAGGGCCUCGAUCAGCUGCAACAGUCUCUCGUGGAAACCAUCGCCGUCGGCUCUGCCGCCGCCGAUGGCGGCGUGCAUCAUAUGGCUAUGGCCAUCGGCAAGCUCGCCAAUCUUGAAGGCUUCGUUCGUCAGGCUGAUAACUUAAGGCAACAAACACUUCAUCAGUUGCAUAGAAUCUUGACCGUCCGGCAAGCAGCCCGGUGUUUCUUGAUGAUCGGAGAAUACUACAACCGGCUACGUGCACUAAGUUCUCUAUGGGCUUCUCGUCCCCGAGAGACCAUGAUCGCGGGCGAUGACAGCUCGUGUCAGACAACGACACACCUGCAAAUGGUGCAAUUCUCUCAGAGCCAUUUCUCCAAUUUCUGACAACUUCAUUGUAUGACUCCGUAGAUGUCUUAUUAAAACCUUAAAAUGAAAUGAUCCGAUGAUGAUCCCUACGGCUUCCUUACUGUGUUGGGAUUCUUUGAGACUUUAGAUGGUAUAUAGUAUGGCAGCUUUCUUUUUUGCUUAGAUUUUUUUGGUUACGUUGUAUUUCUCCAUUACUCCCUAUGCAGUAAUGUACGGUGUACAUGUAAAUCAAUUUUUAUGCGGUUUGAU